UGGCCAGUACCUCUCUUCUCUGAACCUCUCCUAGGUCCUCCCCAUCUUUUCCAAAGGGACUCCACUUCUCAGUCGGAUCCGCUUUGCAAACAUUCCCUUCACGCAUUGCAGUCAGAGGGCACCGGACACCUGCUAUCUGUCUGGGACACACACAGCAGACUGGAAGGCGACAGUAGUUUAUUGUGGAGAUGUGUGUGAUGCUAACGGUGCAUUUAUGACAACAAAGGACAGCUUUUGUAGACGUUUUCGUUUUUUAUUGACGCAAAUCAUUUUGAUCAGUGAAGUACCGAAGUGGGUUUAAUUAGUUAGUGAAAUAAUAAAUAACGGACGUAAUAUGAAUCGAUUGGGGAUCUGGUGCAUUUUGUGGUGCACAGCUGUCGCCUGUUGCUUCGCUGCACCCAAGCUGCAGCUAACCCCAGUGGAGGAGAAUGUCACAGAGGAACACAACGACACUUUGGCACUGGAGAAGGAGAAUGGGCAGAACAUACUGACCCAGCUGCUGGGUGAUUAUGACAAAGUGAAAGCGCUUUCGGAAGGCUCUGACUGUGGAUGUAAAUGUGUUGUCAGACCCCUGAGCAGGAGCGCCUGCCGGCGGAUAGAGGAAGGUACGGCCACGCCAAGCGACUUCUACACCGUGGAGACACUGUCGUCCGGUCCACACUGCAAAUGCGCCUGCAUCGCGCCGCCGUCAGCGUUAAACCCCUGCGAGGGGGACUACAGGCUCAAGAAACUCAGAGAGGCCAGCGAGGACAAUGUCAAGCUGGCGACCAUCAUUGAGCUGCUCGAGGGAUCCUUCUACGGGAUGGACCUGCUGAAGCUGCACGCGGUCACCACUAAGCUGCUCGGCCGAGUUGACAAUAUUGAAAAAGCAUUGCAGAACGAGACGAAAGAUGGGGCUAACACCACCAGCACCACCACCACCGCCGCAAAUUACACUACUACAAAUUACACCACCGCUAGCUACACCACCACUACAAACUCCACUGUGACCACUCCUGCUACGAGUCAGCCCUCUCAGGGGAUGGACAGAAGCACAACCUCAAGCCCACCACUACUCUUGGAAAAGAGGAAGAGGCUGACCGGGCAAAGCGACCAAGCAGCAGCCUAUCAGAACCCAGAGGACAAAUACGAGGAGAAGUUCGUGGGGGGACACGGUGCCUCAGGUUUUAUGAAGAAAGUCGAUGAUGUCACAGGGCCGCAAACCCAAAACCAAAAUAUGGAGCCCAAAACGCCGGCUCAGGCCGAGCCAAAGAUAAUCAUCCGUGGGAUGACGUACUACAAGUCCCAGACUACAGAGGAGAUAGACAAAGACGACAACACUCUGGAGGAUGAUGUCCUGAGUGGAGAUGGAAUGUUGGACUACUUCAUCGACGAGCAGCUCAUCCAGCACAACCCAAGAUCAUUUAGGCCGCGCAGCAACGCCUGGCCAGCCAAUCGCAAGGCUGCAACACAGAACAGGGGCGGGACCUCAGGUGCAAAUGGCGGCGGCGGCGGCCAUGUUCUGCAGAGUCAGCAGCUGCAGCUCCAGCAGUCCGACUCCCCAAACCAGUUUGAGGUGACCUCCAGCCCCGGCAUCGACCUUGGCCUUGCACUUGACCUUGACCUAGACCAUGACGCGACCCCCACCACUGUAGCUGAAACCCACACACACACCAGGCCACGCGGCGACGGUGUGGAGAAGGUGGUGGAACCAGUUCAGCCCCUUCCUGGAUCCCAAGCCACAGAGAGUACGGGCCAGGUGAAGAAGACGCUGCCCGAGUCCCAAACGACACAGAACCCAAGACGGGUUCAUUCACCGUCUGACUCCCAAACCACAAAGAGUCCGCCAAGGACUCAUCCUAUCACGUCCCAAGCACCCAAGACUACCCCACUUUCAAAGAGCAUUCCUCAAGCCACGACAAAGACCGCUGAAAAGCCUGCCACUCCUCUUGGGUCUCCAGAUCCCGACGUAAUCCCCAUAAACACCAAAGCAACGGAAACAUCUUCGAGCAAGCUGCUGCAGCUGUCCAAUGAAGAAGAACUUGUCACACCUCUUCCGUCUUCAGUUCACAACAGAGUUCCUGUGGAGACUACAGUACCAGAAACAUCCUCAAACGCACAAAAGCUGUCGGACAGCUCCAGAGAAGAUAACGAGCGUGAAACCACCCAGUCUUUACCAGUGUCUGUCGUCAAGCGCACAAGAAAAGAGUCCAUGAUCAACGAUGGGCCUGCAGCGUCACAGGCAGAGUCAGUGGUUCCAACGAAAGCAGCAACAGUCAGACCAACUGUUAGACCAACUGCCAGAGCAGCCGGUAAUGCGAAGCCCACCCAAAUGGCAAAGACGGUGACACAGAGACCAACAACCAAUGCGAAGAAUGAGCCCCAGACAACCAGGAAGCUGGCAUCCAUGAAGCGCAAGUACAGCAUCAGCUGGGAUGAGGAAGACGUGGAGGAGGGAGACACCGAGACAGAGGGCUUCAAGAGCACUACAGACAAGCCAAGUAGGAAACCAGGCGACUGCAAGGACACCUUGGCCACCAUCUCGGAGCCUGUCACCCAUAACACCUACGGUCGCAGGGAGGGAGCCUGGAUGAAGGACCCGCUGGCCAAGGACGAGAAGAUCUACGUCGCCAACUAUUACUAUGGCAACAACUUGCAGGAGUUCCGCAACAUGGAGGUGUUUAAAGAAGGCCGCUUCACCAACUCCUACAAGCUGCCCUACAACUGGAUCGGCACGGGCCACGUGGUCUACAACGGCGCCUUCUACUACAACCGGGCCUUCUCGCGCGACAUCAUCAAGUACGACCUGCGCCACCGCUACGUGGCGGCGUGGACCAUGCUGCACGACGCCGUCUUCGACAACGAGGACUCCACCACCUGGCGCUGGCGCGGCUACUCGGACAUGGAGCUGGCGGUGGACGAGAACGGGCUGUGGGUGGUGUACCCGGCGCUGGACGACGAGGGCUUCCUGCACGAGGUCAUCUUCCUGAGCCGCCUGGACCCCGUGGACCUCAGCAUCCGCCGCGAGAGCACCUGGCGCACGGGCCUGCGCCGCAACCAUUACGGCAACUGCUUCAUCGUGUGCGGGGUGCUGUACGCCACGGACAGCUUCGAGCAGAGGCAGACCAACUUGGCGUACGCCUUCGACACACACACCAACACGCAGAUGAUCCCGCGCCUGCCGUUCAGCAACAACUACACCUAUAACACGCAGAUAGAUUAUAACCCCAAGGACCGGAUGCUGUACGCAUGGGACAAUGGACACCAGGUCACCUACAAUGUGGUUUUCGCUUACGUAGACCCACCAAAGGAGGAGACGUCGCCUCCAGAACAAUAAAACAGACUAUUUUGGGGGGAAAAUAGAAUUUUUCCAUCUUUUUUAUGUUUUCGUUAAAAGAGUAAAGCACUUUUUUGUAUAAAAGCAAUACUGUUUUUUUGUUUUAAAAAAAUCUAUGCAUUCAAAUGGAUUGUAGACCAGUCCACCUGUCUGUUCAUGUUGAUACAUCGCAGCUUUUGUGUACUUUAUUUCUUAAGUCGUCUCAAAAACUCAUAUUUAAAUGAGUGCUCAGUGGUUACUUUUUUUGUACCUUCUGCAAGGGUGGAGAUGCGAUAAGCAAAAAAUUUAACCAGAUUGUUUUUUUGUAUUGACAAUAUGCAGUGUAAAUAAUGUAAAAUAAAGCUUAAUCCGAAAAUAAACGAAUGUAGACAAUGAAAAAAAACCUAUUGCAUUUUGCAUAGCAACAUAUGGUAAAAGAACCUCUCUCAUAACAAAAAAGGACUCCUUUAGCUCAGUAAAUUCCAGUUGAGUCCACAAGUAAAGUUUUGACAGAGUCCCUCUUCUACAUUUAGAAACCAUUUCCUGUAAUUGUUGUAAUUUCCUUGAUCCACUUGACAUUCAGCUGUACAUACAGUUUUGUGGUAACUUCAUAAAGUGCUUGUCAACUCCAUGUUGGAAAAGCACUUAAUUGCCUGUUCCUGUCUUCAGCUAAACUGUUCUUUGUCGUCAGAUGUUUCAUGGGUUUUGUUUCAAGAGGAGAGACCACAAUAAAACAAGACUUGUGACUUGAAAAGUGCU